AUGCUUCCUGCGAUAGUUGCCGUGACUGGCUUGACCUUCCUGUACCUCUACCAUGUCAAUCAGGGGUUGACACAGGUUCCUGAGGAGGUUCGCCGUCUGUCGCCUCAUCGCUGGACAGUUGAAGAGAUCAAGAACGCCUACGAGGAUGCGAUUCGAAAUCCAGUGGACGUUGGGAAAAGCGUGCCUCCCAAGCAGAACCGUCGCUAUAUUGUGAUUGGUGGAGCAGGCCUUGUCGGCAACUGGAUUGUCACACACUUGCUCGCUCGCGGAGAGAAACCAGCAGCCAUCCGGAUUCUCGACCUGCAACCACCUCCUCGCGACAUCCUGAAUCAGGGCGUCACCUUCAUCCAAACCAACAUUGUCGACGAGGCGGCCGUCGCCGGUGCCUUCGCGCACCCCUGGUCGGAAGCCGUCGCACCGCUGCCACUCACCGUCUUUCACAACGCGGCCGUAAUUCGGCCAGCGGAGCGCCACAAGGCCUUCCUCGAUCGCUGUCGCAAGGUGAACGUCAACGGUACCGCCAACGUGUUGGCAGCCGCCAAAAAUCACGGGGCCAGCUGCUUCAUCUCCACUUCAUCCGGCUCGGUGGCUCUGCGCAGCACCUCCUUCUGGCUCCCUCCGUGGCGACGGACCCCGCGCAACAUGGUCCAGGUGAUCAGCGACUCCACCCCCCUCCCCUCGAACCACUCCGACUUCUUCGGCAACUACGCCGUCUCCAAAGCCGAAGCCGAGUCCCUCGUACGCGCCGCAGACGACCUGCCCUCCAACUUCCGCACCGGCUGCAUCCGCCCAGCCAACGGCAUCUACGGCAUCGGCGAGACGAGCGGCAGCAUCACCACCAUGUAUCUGAAAACCGGUGGAAACGCCAGUUGGCUCUCCACCAUAACCCAAAACUUCGUCAACGCCGAAAACGUCUCCAUCGCCCACCUCCUCUACGAACAACGGCUCCUCGAACACACCGCCACCCCGACCUCCCUCCCCAAUAUCGGCGGCCAAGCCUUCCUCAUCACCGACCCCAACCCCGCCAUCACCUUCAGCGACGUCUACCUGCUGCUGACGACGCUGGCCAACACCCCCGUCGCCUUCCCGCGCGUCCCCGCCGUCCCGUUCUUUUUGCUGGGUUAUCUGGUCGAGUGGUACGCGCUGCUGCAGCACGUGUAUCUCCCCUGGCUGCUCCCACCCGUGCAGGGGGAGCUGGCGCAGCUGCAGCCCGGGUUGUUUAGUGUCUCGAAUGUGCAUGUCAUUGCGGAUGAUUCGAGGGCGAGGAUGCGGCCUGAGGAUGGGGGACUGGGGUAUAAGCCGCCGAUGGGGACGUUGUAUGGGAUGUGUAAGCAAUUGGAAGAUUGGAAUCGGAGGGCGGAGGGGGGAGAGGUUUUGGAGGGGCAGGAGGUUGCGAAGAGGAAAGGGAAGGUGGUGAGUGUUUCGGGGGAUGGAGGGGUAGAUGUGAAUCUCGUUGUGCCUGCGGCGUAG